AUGCCAGUACUUUUCUCCUGGACCAAGAGCAAGCGACGACCUUUCUUCUGGACCGCUUGCAAGACAACCGCCACUGCAGCCCUCUUUCUCACUUCCCAAUCCCAACACUCUGUUUCUGCUUUUGGUGUGGUUCGACAACAAGUCAGAAUGGUGGAAGGUCACAGUGUUCAUCGCGUCGCUACUCUACAUCGGCAGCGACUUGUCGGAAAGAAAUUUACAGCAUGGAGUCCCAAUGGUCGGUUUACUGAUGGUGCCAAUGCCAUCAAUGGCAAAACCUUUUCUCGGAUUGAAGCCCACGGCAAGAAUCUGUUUUGUUUCUUUGGAGACGAUAUCAAUCAGAAAAGAAUUUCUGACAUUGCCAGGAAAGCAGCUUGCGCCACUGAUGAAGAACAAGAUGAUGAUGAUAGUGUGGUGGUUGUGCACGUCCAUUUUGGAAUGGCUGGUGCUUGGGCAGUCUAUUUGGCCGGUGAAACGCCUCCCGAACCUACGCCUACCAAUAGGCUGCGUUUGGAGUAUGACGGAACUGUUGCCGAUCUCAGUGCCAUGACGGUCCAGCAUGGUGGACUAGAGUUGUAUCGCACAAAACUAGCUAAAUUGGGAGAGGAUCCACUCCGCAAGGAUGCCAACCCCGCUACCCUGUGGGCACGCAUUCAGAAAUCCAAAAAGGGGAUCGGAGCAUUGAUCAUGGACCAGAGUUUCUUCACUGGUCCUGGGAAUAUUUACAGAGCUGAGAUUCUCUUCAAGGCUGGUGUACACCCCAAUAGACCAGGUCUCUCUUUGGAAAGGGAAGAAUUUAACCGUGUAUGGGAGCAGACGGUACUACUGUUGGAGCGAGGAUAUGAGACAGGAUCCAUCUUGACAGUGGACCCGGAAGAAGCCAAGGCUCUUGGCAAACCUCGCUUGCGAAGGUACAUUUAUAAUACAGCAAAGUGCCCUCGCUGUGGCACCUCCAUUCAGUCUUGGCCCAUCAAUAACCGUACCUGCUACGCAUGCCCACGAUGUCAACCGCUAACGCCCAGAACAUCGACCGAAACUCCACCGCCCACUUCAAAGCCUGUCACCACAGAUCACGUCCCCUUCAAUUCGCAUUGUGCCCGUGAAAGUACAGCUUUCCGAUUGAAAGAGACGGGCCCAUCACGGCUUACUGUGAAAGAAAUCAAGCAGGAGCUGACACGGUUGGGAGUGAGCAUCCCGUCCGAUGCCAAGAAAAAGGCUCAGCUGGCUGAACUCCUCCUCAAACACCUACCAGAGUCCGAGGACGCUGAAACAUCUUCAAAGACGUCACCAGAAGUGGAUCCUUCUUCUCAAGAUUUAACCUUUAUUUCUUCCGAAGACGCGGCAUUGGAAAAGGCACAGGCCGGUGAGAAUCUAGCUGUGGAACACAUUGCCGAGUUGGGUCCAAGUCAAGCCCGAAGAGCACGGUACCAAGGCCCCUCUAGAACAAGAUUGACGACAACUUGCUCUGCGAAUAUGAAGGUGAAGGAAAUCAAGGACGAAUUGACUCGAUUGGGUGUCCAAAUACCACCCAAAGCGAAAAAAGCAGAACUAAUGGACCUUUUGCACGAGACAGUGAAAAAGGAAGACAAGACAAUACUCGAAGCGGUUUCUCCAAAGGCCAGCACACCGAAACGAGAAAGAAGAGCAACAACUACAGCGUCCUCUGGUCCAGCCCCAGCCUUUGUCUCUCCCGAAGAUGCGGCCUUGGAAAAGGCUCGAGCUGGGGAAAACUUGGCGGUAGAACACAUUGCCGAAUUGGGUCCUGGUCAAGCCAGAAUGGCGAGAUCCAGAGUCUUGUUUCCCAAAGGGGGUGACGAAGUUGCAUCGACACGUACUACACGGACCAAACGUCCUGCACCCAGUGCUCCUACUGCAAAGAAAUCUCGUCGACGCACGAACUAG